AUGGAUAACCUAUGGACCCGCCGGACCAACACCAACAAGCUCUCCCUCACGACUCCAGGUUCAGCCCUCAACGACACCGGCUCCAUCGGCCGGAAUUCCUCCAUCUCCAAGCGAUUCGGCGGUGACAGCUCGUCGCACGGGACGAGGAACACUCUCAACGACAUCAAAACUCCAGGCAGCGGACUCGCCUCACCGGGCGGCGCAUCUAACGCCUUCGCCCUCGGCACCGGCGCCUUCUCGAACUUCGGGGCAAAGACACCCAAGUCCACCGGGAACCCUUUCGACCUAGCCUCUAAGACCCCUACUGCCGAGAAACCCGCAAGUCACGGCGCGAACGGGGGAAGCGCGACCAAGGCCGGCCUGAGCGGGGCUGCGAAAUCAGCCGCGACCACACCGGGGGCCGCAACGAGGGAGAGGAAGGACAGCGACCACCGCGGGGUCCACCCGCUGCGCAACAGCUGGGCGUUCUGGUACCGCCCUUCCAUCCCAAAGAACGUCGGCUACAUCCCAUACGAGGACACCGUCCAUGGCAUAGCGGCGGUGAACAGCGCCGAGGAGUUCUGGGCCGUGUAUAGGCACCUGAAGCGGCCGUCGUCCCUGCCAGUGGUGUCCGACUACCACCUGUUCAAGAAGGGUGUCCGGCCCAUCUGGGAGGAUGACGAGAACAGGAAGGGCGGCAAGUGGGUCGUGCGCCUCAAGAAGGGGGUCGCGGACCGGUACUGGGAGGACUUAAUGCUUGCGCUCAUUGGUGAGCAGUUUGGUGAUGCUGGCGAGGAAGUCUGCGGUGCCGUGAUGAGUGUCAGAAACGGUGAGGAUAUCCUCAGCAUCUGGACUGCCACCAGUGGGGGCAAGGUGCUCAAGAUCAGGCGACGGGUCCUGAACUUCCCCCCAGAAACCAAGAUCGAGUGGAAGGUGCACGAGGAGAGCAUCCAACAACGCAUCACCGUCGAGGAGUCUCGCAAGGAGAGAGCCAACCAGCACAAGUCUGGCAACAAGCAGAACAACCAGCGACAGGCCCAGCAGCACCAGCAGGGCAACGACGACUCAACCCCGGCCUCUCAGGCGUCAUAG